CUCUUCUCUCCCGCCUCUUCUCUCCCAAAACCCUUCCCCCCUCUUCUCUCCUCCAUACAAUAACUGACCGAAAGUCUUCUCUCUCCCUCUCUCUUUCCCUCUCCAAUGUCUCUCGAUCUCCAUUUUCCAGUUAGGCCUCUCUUGAUCUGGCUUCCAUUUCCGUUGCUGGUUGAAGACGCUGAUCUCUCAGCUGUUGCCCUCCUUCUCGUCAGAACAACACGUCAAAGUCUGAGAAGGCCUGCAAGAGGAAGUACGCUGAUCUCUCGGCCGUGCCCUCCUCGCCGUAACACGCCCCUCUUUCUCUCUCUCUCUCUCUCUCUUAAGUCCAACUCAUCCUACUCUAGAGCACCUAAUCCACGGAAGGGUGUACGGAAGAUUUCUAGAAGCCAUAGCUGUUGCCAUCUCAACCAUUGGAGCUGUCAACAAAGUGGAUGAGUUACAUCCUGACUUGAUAGUAGACCCUCUUGGAAUCUUGCAUCCUGCAAACAAAUUAACUCAUCAACUUCCAUUGGUCAGUGCAUACUCAUCCUUUGCAAGGAUGGUGGGAGUUGGAAUUGGUUUGGAGAAACAAAGAAGGAGAAUGGAUCCCAUGAGUAAUGAACCGUAGUUCACAAACUACACUGGAGAUUUCAUUAGCACAGUUGAUUACAUAUUUUACACAGGUUCUUAUAUGCAGAGAUUGGAUGUCUUCAGAACAUUCACAAUAGCCAUAGAUGCAGUGGAUACUAACAAUUGCAAGUUGAUGAUUCUACAAGCUUGUUUUUUCUCUCAGGGACAAAUUUUCCUAGCCAAGGAAAAUGCAAAAUGAGACCGGGUUGGAAAUUGCAUCUAUAUAUCACACAGAUGCCAUGUGGGGACGCAUCAAUGACUUCACCAUUGUCAUCGUUGAGUGAUGAGCCCCAACCAAAAGAGAAUUUGUUGUCCAUGUUCUAUGGGAAACCACAUGUAAAUGUUGGGACUAUUGGACAUGUCGAUGAUGGGAAAACUACACUCACAGCAGCCAUUACAAAGGUACUGGCAAAAGAAGGUAAAGCUAAGGCUGUUGCCUUUGAUGAGAUUGACAAGGGACCAGAGGAUAAAGCUCGAGGAAUUACCAUUGCAACGGCCCAUGUGGAAUAUAAGACUGCUAAGCGGCACUAUGCACACGUGGAUUAUAUAAGACUGCUAAGCGGCACUAUGCACACGUGGAUUGCCCAGGACAUGCGGACUAUGUUAAAAUUUUUGGAAGCAGUCUACAUCUUAGUCUUUAGCAUUGUGGCACUUGAAGUGAUGAUGGGAAGGCAUCCUGGGGAGCUCAUCUCCUCUUUGUCAUCACCAAACAGAGAAGAUAUAUUGCUAAAGGAUAUGUUGGACAAACAUCACUCCAAUCCGAUGGCGGAGGUUGCACGAGAAGUCGUAUUUGCAGUGUCUAUGGCACUUGCAUGCAUUUGGCCAUAUCCAAACUCUUGGCCAACCAUGCACCAUGUGGCUCAGGAGCUAUCUGUUGGUAGGCCUUCUUGCUCUCUAGAGUCAUUCCAUGCACUUACAUUAGGUCAAUUAAUGGAUCUCACGGUAUAA